AUGUUUAUGUUUAUGCUACUAAUGUUACUGUCUUCGACGUCCGCUCACAAAGGACGACCACAGCGACACACCAUCGUCCAGCCCUCGGAACUGCGACCAGUUGAAGCUAUCGCAAAUCUUCCUGAGCUCACAUCUCGAAACAUCGCGGAUUUUAUUGGCAACAUCGAUGGAACCGAGGAAUCGGAUGAAGCAGCACUGCGAUUUCUAGCGACAUAUGGACUAGUGCCGAAUGAGCGAGAGUGCCCAGAAUGCCUCAACGGUAAGAUGAGUCUUGUCAAAGAUAAUGCCCUUCCGUUACAUUUCGUCUGGCGAUGCUCUUCAUGCAAAACUUCAAAUAUCAUCACAAAGAAAAUGAUUCGAGAGAACACAUUUUUCCAAGAACAAAAACUAUCCGUACAAAAAAUAGUACACAUAGCGGCGGAUUGGGUCGAAAGUCCAGGACGAAACAACGAAAGAACAGCUUCGUUGCAUGGAGUCACGACUUCGACGAUUGUUAAUCUCAACAAACUUUUCCGACAAUUGACGGAGCAAUGCUCGGUACCCCGUCCGGGAACCCUCGUGGAGGAUACUGUCACCACCAACGACUACUACGAUUUCUUCCUAACCACUCAAGUCGGUCAGGUUGGUCUGGCGCGGCCGACCCACUACUACGUCCUCUUGAACGAUUGGGAUGUGCCAGCAACGUUCUGGCCUACCGUAACCCACGCUCUGACGUAUUUGUUCUGCCGCACCACCAGCACUGUCACUCUGCCAGCACCAGUGCUCUACGCGCAUUUGGCAGCGAAAAGAGCCAAGGAGACUAUGGAUGGAGCUCUCUUUGCGAAUCGAGGAGUUGGUCGAGUUUUCGACCUUUCCCAAUUCAGCGAACUUGCUCAACUGACAAAUUGUCUUCAGUCAAAUCCGUCACUGGAUGGGAUGACGUUCGUCUAA